AUGGACACUCGGCAGCGUUUCCGACCCCUUGCUUCCGAGAAGAGCAUUGCACCUAGCCUGCAUCAUCGUCACAAGUCUACCGGAAGUCUUGCCGGCAUGGUGUCCGCCGCCACCGCUGGCUUUCGCGGCCCGGCCAAGCGCGCUGCCUUUGGCGAUGUCACCAACAACAUGUCUAGGCACUCUGCUGCCCACCAUGACGCCAAAGCUGGCCUCAAGGCCCAGCCUGCUACGGUGUCGGUGCUCGGUCCCAUAGGUUCGAAUCUGAAUAAGGAGAAUACCGCUUACAGCAAGGAAACCUUGACUCGUGCAGCUCUGCGGCACGGUGCUCUUGGGAACAAACCCAUCAAGCCGCUUUCUGAGAGUCAGUCAAUCCAGGCACCAAAGCCUCCUCUUCACCAACAUAAACCCCUUGCCCAGCAAGAUCACACUGUAGCUUCGAACCUGCAUCCUACACGAAUCUCCAGGGAAAGCCAGGACCAGCUCUCUGCUCUUGAAGCCAACACAUCACACGCUGCAAAGCAACCUCGACACUACAAGAGUCAGCCCCAGCUUAAGCCCCAGCAGCCCUCCUUGCGUAGAACGCAGAGCAAGUUUUUCGAAAGAAUUGAUUACGAGUCAACACAUUUCGACAUUCCGGAAGAACCUGAGCUUGCCAAGUUGCACGUUCCUGCCCUCGAACAAGCGAGCGGCCACACCGUCUAUUUCGACACGGGCCCAUACCACAUUGAUUCUGAGUCACAGCACCCAUUGUACGCGGCUGAAGCAAUGCCACUCGCGGCUAGCGGCUCUUCUCUAGCCGAGAUUCGGCCCACCACGAGCCAUUCGUUUAAAGAAUCUUCAUACCCUGCCCUCUCCGAGCCGGAGGAGUGGGACGAGGAAGAAGACGAAGAAUACGACGACCAAGAUCAAGCCUUCACCACUGCGCAUAGUUUCCGAUCAAGAGACUAUACUACUGUUGGUGCCACAACGCUGCUCGCUCCCCGUCUGACGGCCCGUGUUCAACGGGAGCUGGAGGAGGCUAGACUUGAGGUGGAGGAAUCGAGAUUUACUGCCGAUUUUGAAGAAGAAGCUUGGGACGUCAGCAUGAUCAAGAUGCUCCCCAACCCCCACUACAUGGAGGUGCAAACAGAAAUUCAAUGGUCAAUGCGAUCGGUUUUGAUGGACUGGCUGGUGCAAGUUCACAGCCGUUUUGCUCUCCUGCCCGAAACGUUAUUUCUCACCGUCAACUACAUUGACCGCUUUCUGUCAUACAAGAUCAUCUCGGUCACGAAGUUGCAGCUGGUCGGCGCUACCGCGUUGCUCGUGGCAUCCAAGUAUGAGGAAAUCAACUGCCCGUCUAUGGAUGAAAUUGUCUUCAUGGUCGACAAUGGCUACUCCCCCGAGGAGAUUCUCAAAGCUGAGCGCUUUAUGCUCAGCAUGCUCAACUUUGAGCUCGGCUGGCCCGGCCCAAUGAGCUUCCUGCGCAGAGUCAGCAAGGCUGAUGAUUAUGAUUUGGACACGCGCACGCUGGCCAAGUACUUUCUUGAGCUCACAAUCAUGGAUGAGCGCUUUGUAGCCUCACCACCCAGCUUUCUGGCAGCUGGUGCGCACUGCUUGUCGAGGUUAAUUCUGAACAAGGGUGACUGGACCAAGGCUCAUGUCUACUUUUCAGGCUACACCUGGAGCCAGCUGAAGCCACUGGUAACGAUGCUGAUUGAAUGCUGCGAGCACCCGCGUUUACAUCAUGCAGCAGUCUACGAAAAGUAUCGCGAAAAGAGGUUCAAAGAGGCUGCAACGCUUGUGCAGCUCGCUCUGGAUCGUGGGUUCACACUACCACAACACACUGCGCCUAUGCGGGCGUUCAAAUCUCAACCCGUGCAAUCGCACGACACUAUGGAGCAUUUACAGUAUACAAGCGGGUUUAUACCGCCAAUUGAGGGAUAA